ACUUUAAUUUGGCGGUGGGUGGUGGUACAGGUGUGGUACAGUGCCUCAGCCAGCCCAAACGUUUACUAUGACGCAACAGUUUGGCUGCAAUCUGAGUUCGAUCCCAGAUAUUUGCAGAGAAAUCGAGACACUCCAGCAAUUCCUUGGAUCUGUUUAGGAGCUGAGGAAGAAGAUUGGAUCGUGGUUUUAUAAAUUUGGCUUAUUUCGUCUGCAAUCGACAAAGUGCGUGGGUGAACAAGUCAUGGCGGGAUUCAGAGAUCGAGUACGGCUGCGUCGUCGACGUGCUACGCGACCGGUAGGUCGUUACGAUUCCUACGCCCCACGGCGUCUGGCAACACAGAUUGUGAUUCUGCAGGUUUUAUAUUACAUCACAGCCGGAGGUCUGCUGCUGUUUACAUGCCUUGUCUCGGGGAAGAAGUUCAGUCUGGAUCUGGUAUUUGGAUGGAGAAGUAUACGGAUCGAUACCGCGAUUGGUUGGACUUUGUGUCUUGUGUGGUAUCUCAAUUCAGUUUUCAAUGUAUUAUUCUUGACCCUUUUUGUUGGACGAAGUAAGCUCGUUUUCGACUUCGUGCUGACUCUCCACGGUCUCAAUAUCCUCAUUACAUCUCUAUACUCCCACCACUUUCCGGCAAGUCUCCUAUGGUGGAUGUUACAGAUCGCGUCCUGUUUGACGAUGUUGUCCUUGGGCACAUGGACCUCUCGAUGGCGUGAGCUCAGCGUGAUGUAUUUCCCCGCCUCGUCCGGCACAACCAGCAGUACUUCGCAGCCCGGCGCGAGCGAUCUUUCCGGCCCUAGAGGCAGCGGGACGCAUAGCGAAGAGUACGAACUUGUUGAGCGUCAGCCAGAUUUGGAGGCGGGAGGAUCAGGAGGAAGCGCGUCUCAGUCGCGGCCUCAGUCUGCGAGCUAGUAGGAAUGCAGCCAUGCGGGGGAAUUUUGGGUUACAUCUGGUUCGUGGAUUGCUCUGAUAUCACAGUAUUUAUAUCAUAUGGCAAUCAAAGUCUUUUGAUGAUGACUUUAGCAUCGUCAUUGUUUUAACACUUCUUUUCUUCUUUCUACAUUCUACGCUCGCAAUUUGCAUCUAUGAUCUGCACGCACGACGAAGAGUGUUGCGGUCGCGGGGUUUAUUAGGAAUGCCAGAAUCUCAACCGAUCGGGCGCAUGUGUGUCUUAAUGUAUAGUAGUAUUACAAAACU